GUAGAACCAUCCUUUGCUCCUCCAGAGAACAAUGCUCUUUCAGCUUCUCAGUUGGGGUUAGGUCUAUGUUUUAACUAGACCAUUUUAGCACAUAUCUUUCCUUUGUAGAGUUGGCUGAACUGGAAGAUAAACAUCUGGCCCAAACCUCAAGUGUUCUGCAACUUGUAACAGGUUUUCUUCCAGGAUUUUCCUGCAUUUCGCAUCAUCAACUUUGACCAAGUUCCCCCCACAGCAUGAUGGGGCCAUCACCUUGUUUCAUCAUGUAGCUGAUGUGUUUAAAAAUAAUCAGCAGUUAGUUUUUUUUGUUUCCACCUCUCUUACAAGAUUUACUCAAAGCGGACGUGUUUUGGCUUUCUUUCAACAAUUGCUUCCUUCUUAACAUUUUUUUCCCCUACUGCAAGCCAAACCACUGAGCGCACAUGCGUGGAUCGAUGGUGCCAUGUCUUAUUUUGAUGCCGCACACCGGAACAGAUGUUUGCUGUAACCGCUUCUACUUAGUUUGCUGGCUGGGUAUCGAUAGUCGGUGCACCUUGUCGCGUCGGUCCCCUCAGCGCGGCUGGAGAGGACUCUGAUGCCCCGUGACUGGACCGAGACACCGCCGGGUUCCCGCGUCUUCCCCACAUCCAGUUUCUGGACUGCUGAAGGCUCCACAGCCAGACUCCCGCAGCUUCUUUUUUAAUUUUUUAUUACCAAGGUGAGGAAGAGCGGCAGGAGGAGGCGGAGAGGAGAGAGACAGACAGCAACAGCAGCAGCAGGAUCUUGGCGCAUUGGAGUUUAUGGAUUAUUGAGAAACGCGGAUCAAAUAUUCAUAAGGAUUUUGUUUUAAAAAAAGAGGGAAAACACAAGGUGGGAUAGUGUGAGAGAUUCCCUGCAGUGAUUCACCAGCAGGAGCACCGCUGAUUUUUCAUCCAGCGUGUGCGCUCAGCGUGUUGGGGUGCGUGCCUGUGUGUGUGUGUGUUUGGAAAGGAGCCCCCCCUGCUGCAGCACUUUCCUGCCGCACGGACGGAGUGAUGCCACCGAGUUGCUGACGGACACCCGGCAGGUUCUCCGCACCCCGCCUCCCUUUCCUCCCCUCCUCCCACACGGACGGACGCAUCGACCCCCUGCGAUCCCCACUAAUAUGCAAUGGUUUUUUGUGCAGAAGCAGACAGCUGCCGCGUACAGCCGACUUCACGCUAGCGCCGCCGCAUGCCUGAACGUCGCCGCCGCUCCUCUCCCCGCGCCGCGCGGCAGACGACGCCAUCUGAAGAGAAGCGCUCCGGGGCUUUUCGCGCCGCGGCGGCCGCGCGGCACCAGCAGCAGCAGUAGCAGUAGCGACCCUUCCUCCGCAGCUGAGGACCACCGGCCGCUGGGGCAGCAGGAGACGGAGGAGACAUCCGCCGCAGCGGUUGCGCUUUUCCAACCGCACGGGGGCGACGUCGACGCGGAAUACUUGCGGCUGGUGGUCUUCGAGCUUGCGGGGAAAGCGGGCGAGAAUCCGGGCGAAGAGCUGGGCUUCCUGCUCUUACUUUUGUCUAUGGUGCAGAUCGGGGGCGCGCCGCACCGCCGAACUGAGCCCGACAGCUGGCCGGUUCUGCUGGCAUGCAAACAGGGGGGAGUAUCAGCCCCCAUGCGGUGGGUGAAUUUUAGGCUGCCGCAUCCGGAGCGUUUCUCCUCUUCCUUCUCUUCUUCUUCCUCCUCCUCUUCCUCCUCCCCCGUCUCGGCCAAAUCCAUGCGGUUUAUUUGGAACAACAUUUUCAGCAAAGGAUCGCAUAUGCUGCAGUGUCUUUGUGGCAGGAGCCUCAAGAAAACCAAGAACCCAACUGAACCACAGCUGAAGGGCAUAGUGACCAGGUUGUUCUGCAGGCAAGGCUUCUAUCUCCAGAUGGGCCAGGAUGGAAGUCUGGACGGGACCAAAGAUGACAGCACCAACUCCUCUCUCUUCAACCUAAUUCCUGUGGGUCUGAGAGUCGUGGCCAUCCAAUCAGUCAAGACCGGUCUCUACAUCGCCAUGAACGGAGAGGGUCACCUUUACUCCUCGGAACUGUUUACACCUGAAUGCAAGUUUAAAGAGUCGGUGUUUGAGAACUACUACGUGAUCUACAGCUCCAUGCUGUACAGACAGAAGGAGUCGGGCCGGGCGUGGUUUCUGGGCCUCAACAAAGAGGGACAGAUCAUGAAAGGCAACAGGGUGAAAAAGACUAAACCAGCUGCACACUUCCUGCCUAAGCCCAUAGAAGUUGCGAUGUACCGUGAGCCGUCAUUGCACGAUGUAGGAGAGGCGGUGCCUAAACUCGCAGGGGGCCCGCCUUCUAAAAGCACAACCUGCGAGCCCGUGGUCAUGAAUGGCGGCAAACCAGUCAGCAAACCCAGUAAGGAGGAGACAUAACCCCACCUCUCAUUUUUAGCCUCCCUGCCUGCCUGGCUGGCCGACUGACUGGACGCCAGGAACCACCACAGACUUGCCCUGCUGCUGCGCUCUCAAAAAAACAGACAAAAAAAAAAGAAAAACACGCAAGAAAAGGUAACAAACAAACAGCUAUAAGCUCUGACUGGACAGCGACAGGGGCUGGACGUCCUGCCUCACCUCAGCCAACUGGACACUGGUGUGGGGCGGCACCAGGGGGACAGCGCUCCAGUUAAAAAGGCUGCUGAACUGGGUGAACUGGGACAGUGGCGUACGAUCUCAGUUAAAGGACAAAAAAAAAAAAGUCCGUGGUCACUUAUUUAUUUAUUUACUUAUUCAUUUAUCAAGGCUCCUGCUUUCCUCUGCUGAUAGUUUUCUGUUGCUUGCUUGCUCCAGGCCGCAGACACACAUCCACACAAACUCCGCUCCACUCCAAAUCGACCGCUUGGAUUCGAUCUUUAAAUACAUUAAAAGCAUCAGCAAACAAAGGAGAAAGACCGUUUUAAAUACCAAACAGUGAUGAUUCAGGGGAAAGCUUAGUCAUCAAUCACUUAGGAUUUGGAACAGGAUGUUCUGUACUUAAACUACAUCAAAAAGCAUCAAGAAGCAGCACAUUGCAUAUGGUGAACUUGUCAUUCGCCAUCUCCCUUACUACACGUCUCAUCAAGAAGACACGAAACUAGUUCAGAGUAGACAAAACAAGUCUUCGCAUGAAGAUGAUUUAUAAUGAAUUCCCAAUUUGUAGCAGCAAGGUGUGUAUCUGAAGUUUGCAGGUGCUGCAGCACCUUGGUAGCAGUCUGUGUUUACAUAGGGUAGCAGAUUUAGAUUAAUAUGAUCAAACGGUGUCCUUGGCCAGGAGGACUUUUGUAGACUUUUUCCUUUACUUGUUGCCUUCCCAAGUACUUGAAAACAAAAGAAGAAACAGGGUAUUUGAACGUGGAAAGAGCCUGUGUUACUGGGACCACUAUAAUCCAGGUUGAUAGUCCAGGAUUUUUAGAGUUUAACUAUAUGACGUUGAAAUGAAUUUAAAGGUCCUAAAGUGUUAUCAGCUGAUACCCAUGAAGUAGCAUUUAUAAGACGUUCUCCGACUGUUACUACUGAUUCAGUUUUUACUUGUAGAUUCUUAAAACUGAGCUUACGUUCUGCUUUUAGCACAGUUUUCAGAUUGUUUCGACUUGUUUGUCCUGUCGUCCCUUCGCCAUUUUAUACCUCCGUUUCAUACCGGCCUCUUCCCGUAUCAAAAUAGUUGUCAUAUACUAUGAAUCCCUUUGGCCUGCUUUAAUCCUCACAUUUAGUUUGCUAUUUACAAUUAAAACCUCACAAAUUAAAAUUAAGAAGGUUUUUUUUAAAAAAAAAAAAAAUACAUUAUUCUUUAGCUAUGUCCCUGUAUUCAUCUAGAAUUAGUUAAAGGACUUUUCAGAUUUUUCCUAUCAUAUUUAUAGUGCAAAAAAUCUUAUUAUAUUUGGAAACCGAUUAAAUGUUUCAAAUUGUGAUUAUGCUUUUAGAAUAAUCUAUUAUUUGGGAUUGGCUAAAAACUGUUUACAGUAAAAGAAAAACCACCACUUUAAACAACAACAACAACAACAAUAAAAAAACAUUUUAAAUGAUUUUGAAUCCUGAAUUAAAAAAAUAAUAAAUUAUUCAUUUAUGCUUCUGAAAUCAUCUGCAGUUUAUGUGACUUCACUCUUCAGAUAUUUAACCUUCAGUUCAGGAUUAAACAUAAGUCAAAAACUGCUGAAUUAUUGUAAUUGAAUCAUACUUUAUUCAUUGACUUCUUUACACAUUCACAUUCAUAUUAAUAGAAAAAGCAAUAUUAAAUCUUAAGUUUUAUUUUUCUUCAAUUAUGCAUCAUAAUCAUUUAUAAUUGGUGUUUUUUCAAGCAGAGGAGGUGAAAAAUUAGCUUUUUUUCCAAUUCUUACAAAUAUUAUCUCACAAAAAUGCCCAGAAGAUGAGAUGCAAAAUGUGUAAAAUGUGGUAAAAAUGUUGGUUGUCAGGUGUAAUAUGAAACAUGGUAGGAAAUGGUGAAGGGACGAGCUGACCUCGAGCCUUUAGAUGAGACUGUGAAUGAAAAGGAAAACAGCUGUGGAGCACAAGACACUUUUUUUGGAUUUUCCCUCGUUUCUUUUUAAGUUGUAUCCUUUCAAGAAGGUUGAAGACAAACUCCGUCUACAGGACUUAGGACUUAGUGCCUCUGAUGGGGUUGAAGUAGUUUGAUUACACUAUUUAUAUCUUAUUUUGAAAAGCAAAAAAAAAAAGACAUGGAGCAGAAGUGCCACAUUGAAAUAUACAUCUGAAUUUCUGAAUUACCUGCCAAAAUGAGGGGCUUCAACAUCACAAACAGGGAUUUUUAUUUCAGAAAGUCCCCCAGUGUUUACUCUCUUGCCUAUUUACUCAGUUUUACUCAACUCCAUUUUUCAUGUUUCACUUGCUUUGAUGUCAAAUAAUUAUGUCUGUUCCUGAAUUACUGCAACCCUCCUUUUCUCAAUUACUGAUAACUCCUCCUAACACUUAAAACAGUAGGUGCCUUUUUCAGAUGCAGUCUGGCCGUCACCGUAAAACCAGACAAAAAUGAUUUAUUUCUAAACUCGACCAAUUGAAACUGUUUAUUAGUACUUAUUUUUCAUCGUAUGUAUAAUUUUGAUCCAUUUUGGCUUAAAGAAAAGCAGAAGUUCCCACAUGUAGCUUUAGGCCUGGCAUGGAUGUACAGUACAAUCCAAGGUUUUUCUCCAACUCUAAUCUUUCUGCCUCCAAAUUGGCUAUAAACCCGCCUGCACAUUUAUUGCUGAAAUCUCAAACUUAUAAGCGACUUAAAUGUUUUUACUGAUCACAAACCGAAAUAAUCGCACACCGUUAGACGGGCCAAUAUGAGCUCUUGUGGUGGCUUUUUUUUUUAGACUCAAAAUACCGCCAUAUCAGGAUUCACAAGUAAAUUUGAUGUGUAACACAGUCUUAUGUGUAUUUAUGUCAGGUAUUUGUAUUGCUGCAACAAUGCCAAACUGCAGUGAUUUUUACUUGAGAUGCACUGAGAAAGUGCCUGGUGACCAGAAUUGGUCAUAAACAAAUGGAGGUUCAUUUAUCUUGUGAUCCGGCAAUGCUUCAUAAUUCUAGUAACAACACUCUUCUGUGUGGAAGAUGUUACUAGAGGUAGAAGCUUCAAGCUUGGGUCCUUUCAGUAGCUGUGAUUCCAUUAACCUUAAAAUUACUUACUCAGUAAAAAAGUAUUUUUGCUAAAAGACUAGCUGAUCAAAACGUCAAUCAUUUCAUAUUGAAAAAUCAUCAGACGGAUCAAAAUACUCAAAUUCUCAAGUAAGAGUAACAGCUUAGUACAAAUAUUCCUAAAAGUAAUUUUUUUCCAAAACGUUAUUCAAGUAAAUAGAACUAGUUACUACCUAAAUCUGUAAAUUGGUCUAUUACAGUGUAAUGCAAAGUGUAAUUUUAUAACUUUAAGAAUACAACUAUGACAUUUCAAUCAUUCAUUUAAAUAAAAAUAAAAUGUAAGUGAAGUAAAAGUGUAGAAGCCUUCUUUCAGUGGAAAAAACUGAUCAUUCUUGCACUUUCUCUGGCAUCUCUCUAAAAGGACUUUGCAUCGUUUACCUUAAUUUUUUAAACCGAGCCUUCCUCAGUGACACCAGUAGUUAAUUAAUUGUCCUGAAAUCCCCAAAGUAACACUUGAGUUUGUGAGAAAAAUCCUAAAGUCACCCUCUCACUGUGAAAGCCAGUUUGUUCUGGGACUUUUCUGUUUCCUCGUAUUUCUUCGACCGCAAGACUAGACGCCAGUCGCUUCCUCCUCCAGAUAUCCCAGGAGGAGAUACUGUCAUACUGUGAUCCCACUUUGAGAUUAAUGGCAGGCGCAUAUUAAUGCAUUCAGGAUCUGCUUAUUAAAGCAAUUAAAACAGACACUGUGUAUCCCUUCUCGCUUUGAAUCCCAAUUUUGGACCAAAAUAACCCCUUUUGCAUUUUAAUCAGAUGAUUGAAACACUGUCCUGUUUGCGGAAGAUUAAUGACUUUCGUCGACGUUGCCACAACUACAAAGCGGCAACAGGACAAAGCAGCCUCCCUGCAGAAAUCAAGGCUGCUGUGAUUCAUUCGCACAUCAAACGAGCAGCGGCGUCUCAAGCCUUGGCAACAGGUCUGCAUCUGUUCAGCAGGUGAAACGGCGCGCGUGGACGUUGUUUAUCCGAGCCGGACGUAGCCGGGUGCUACAGACCUCACAGUGUUUCCAAUUGACAUUUCAAAGAUUCGGUUCUCACGUACACCACGUAAUUUCUCUCCUUCGCUGAACUCAUUAGCUGCUUCUCGCAUUCAUGUACAAAUAUGUGGUCGAGCAGCACAUCUUAUUACAUGAGCCAUCAUUCGGACUGAUGCGGUCACAGAGGUGUUGUCUUUUCGCCUUUAAAUGGGGGGGCUUAAAGAAAAAUAAACCAGCUUCUGUGCUAAUGUGUAAAGACAAUAAAAAUGGAGAGGAAAAUGAAAAGAAACGGCAAAGCGAGUGACUCUCAUUAACUAAGCUUUGGUCAAGCUGUGGAUCCUUAAUUUCUCUACCCUCAAAGUUUGUCUUUAGCUUUGUUCUGUCUAAUGUUAUAUGGAAUAAUAUUAAUGAGGUGCUGUGCUCGUCUCAUGUCAAAUAAAUGUGGAUGUAACAUUUAUUUAUUAACUGUUGUGUCACAGUUGGGGGCAAAUAAAAUGCUAAAAUAAACCCUGACAAUCACAUACAGCAGCUUGGAAAAACUAUUUAUACCCCUUAAAUGUUUUCACAUCUUGUCACACAAGGAUUUCAAAACAUUUUAUCAGUUAAAGUGAGUUAAUUCAACGCAGCUUUAUUGGGUUCUUGCAUAAAAACCCAAUAAAAUGAUCAAAUUUGUCUUGACAGAAUGUGAAAAAGUUUCAGAGGUUCAAAUAAUUUUGAAGUCGGUAUAUUAGCAUUUAUUUUUUGGGAUCCUGUAUUGUCUCAGCUAUCCGUCUCUAAGCAGAACCUUAUCUGUUAGACAUGAUACGAGGUGAUUUGACCGUUUUUGUUCAAAUAUUACGCGACACUGCAAAAACGUCAGAUCUUAGCAAGUAUUUUUUGCUGUAGUUUCUGGCACAAACAUCUUAGUACACUGGAAAUAAGACAAAACUAACUUACAAGUAACUUUUCAGCAAGAUAUGCAGUAGGUGCUUGUUUUAAGUCAAUAAUUCAUUAACAUUGAUAAAAAGUUUUAGUUCUACAUGCAGAUUAUUUCAUAUGUAAGAUGAGA